CUUCUAAAACGGGGGGAGUUUCCUGGGGAGGGAGCUUGUCCGAGCUUUGAUGAUGUCACAGCCAGAGCAGGCCUGAAAUAACCAGACAUCUCAGUAGUGUUUGAGAGAGAGAGGCCUGAGACAUGAUGUCCAUUGGAGCUGAUAGCUGACACUGUAGAAUGAAAGAGGAUGGAACAGACAGACAACCCUGCCUCUGAGAGCAACAACCCUAAUGGGUUUGUCAACCGAGUGUUUAAUGUUUCUCUGGAUGUGGAGAAUGAGACCAGCAGUGUUUAUAUUCAGGAGACUGGGCCAGGGCCUGCAGAGGGGCAGGGAGAGACCCAGGCUGCCUCUUCUCAGUCCCCUGUCAAGGACAGACAGGAGGUCAACCGGAGGCCCCGUGCAACAGGGGGCAUCUGGAAGAUCUUGAACCGAAAGAGAGCUGUGUCAGAGCUGGAGCGGAGACCCCACUCCAUGAUCCUGCCUGGGGAAGCGUCCAUCCCUAAACUCUCAUUUGCUGACAAAGUUCGCUCAUUCAAGAAGCUUAAAUCCCCCUCUGUGUUUAGAGGGAGGACAGGGAAAUUAUCCACUGCAAAGUUCAGCAACUCAAUGGUGGAUGAGGAUUCUUUCUGCCAUGACAUUGGCACUCCACAGCAGUCCAGCAGGGGCAUGCCUCGACACCGUGGCAAGAGGCACUCAUAUGCUGGCUAUACAGCAGAAUUUGACUGCUCAUUCGAAGAUAUUGACCUGUCAGCUCCUGUAGAUGGCUAUAAUCCCACUGUAAUGGGAGAGGCUGUAACACAGAAUGGUUGUAAACCAUCUGAAAGAGUUUCCUAUACUAAAAGAAACCACAACAAUUCAACCAACUGUAACAAAACAGCUGCAGGCUACGAAGAACCUAGCAUUAAAGGUAGCCCGAGCACCCACCAGGGGAGAGGAAGGAGACAGAAAGAUGUGUGGAGUUAUCUGAGGAGGAUUUCUCUUUUGGGGAAGGCCAAUCCUGUUUACUCAGAGAAGAGCUUUGACUCUGAGCUUCACUCUCUGGACAAAACCAUAGACUCAGACUACGGCUCUGUAGACUUUGAGAGUGUCAGAGACUUUCAACCUCCGCCCCCGAAAAACUCUGACACCAAGGGGCACUUUGGUGGUCUGUUUAAGUUUUUCAACAGUGUAGCAGAGACAGCCAGAAAAUGGCGGGCAACAUCACGUUCCUUCUCUCCUCCAGAGGGAGAGAGGACUCCGAUGAGCUCCCCACUGGCCCCACAGCGCACAUUGGACAACAUUCAAAGUGUGUCCCUGACACUUCACAGUGAAGGACUUCCAAUAUCCCAGCCUACCCCAUCAUCACCAGUAAACACUAAAUCCUUACACUCCAGUAGCUUUGACAGCGAGGCUCCAGCGGCUGUGACAGGUGGACAGUCCCCUAAGGUGGUCCUGAAAGCCUUUAGGACAUGCCCAGGAUCUCAAGCUGUCAAUGGCCUCCAGUGUUCUGAGGGUACAGACAAACAUAUAGACAGAGAGACAAACUGCUGUUCCACAGCCAUAGUAGAGAAUCAUAUCCCCCAGUCAGGUCCAAACACAGAGACUAAAAAAGAAGCAGAGGUUAAAAAGGAUCCGUUACACUGUCUCUGUCAAGAGGAAAAGGUAGAGGGACAGACAGGAAAUGAGCAGGAUUCCAGGGAUGCUCCACCUGACUCCCACCAGAUACAGGAAGUGAACGUCCAAUCACAACAAGGUGAUAAAGAGAGCACAACCAAUAGCGUACCUGCAUCAGAUUCCACAGAGGAAAUAUUUAAGCUGUGUGAGCAGAUUGCCAGCCAGACAGGCUGCAGUGUAAGACAGCCAGGCUCAGCCAUGCCCCACUCUAGCACAGAGAAGACCUCUGUACAUCACAAGCCCUCGCGCCCACGUCCUCGCCCGGCCUCAGCUGUCCUGGACCUGUGGAGGCCCAACCCAGACCGAGAUCUCUACAAUCAUUAUAGUGAGGUUGGCUCACUGUGUCGGCGGAGACGCAGGCCUGCUCCCACCAUACAACCUUCUCCGGGGCAGAGACGGAUGGCUGCUCGCUCCAGGCCUUGCUCUGUCAUAGAGACCAGUGUUACUAGGGAUCCGCAGUCCACGGAGCUGCACCACAGAGCCUUGUCUCGCCCCCCGGGUGUGUCACCAUUAGAGCCCCCACUCAGGGCAUCUCUCCAGCGAUGCCGCUCCCUGCCGCUUCCCCCCAGCACUCUCACUGCCUUGGCGCUGCUCCUGCCUCAGUCAGCAGACAUGGGUCAGUCGUCAUCGUCGGUGCGUCUGCGGUCUGGAGACUCUCGCAGGAGGAAGAGGCUGUUGAGACCUGGUUCAGAACCACUGCAGGUCAACAUAUUGAUAAGUGGAGGUUCAAUCGUCAAUGCUGAGGCGGUAUGGGACCAUGUGACCAUGGCGGACCGGGAGUUGGCGUUUAAGGCCGGUGAUGUCAUCAAGGUGCUGGACGCCUCCAACAAGGACUGGUGGUGGGGCCAGAUUGAUGAGGAGGAAGGAUGGUUCCCUGCCAGCUUUGUACGGGUGGAACCCCACCCUCCUCAGCCCCAAACAAAACAGGUUUUCUAUAUCAACCCCAUAGCAACUCCACGGUUCCAAAACACCACGUCAAAGCUGUGGGUGAACCAGGAGGACGGGGGAGCAGAGCCAGCUGAGGGGACCAGCGAGGUGCAGAAUGGGCACCUGGACCCAACCAAUGACUGCCUGUGUCUGGGCUCGCCCCUCCAGAACCGAGAUCAGAUGAGAGCUAAUGUCAUCAAUGAGAUCAUGAGCACAGAGAGACACUACAUCAAACACCUCAAGGACAUCUGUGAGGGCUACCUGCGCCAGUGCAGGAAGCGUGUGGACAUGUUCAAUGAUGACCAGCUGAAGGUCAUCUUUGGGAACAUCGAGGACAUUUACCGCUUCCAGAUGGGCUUUGUUAGAGACUUGGAGAAACAGUACAACACAGAGGAACCCCACCUCUCUGAAAUCGGACCAUGCUUUUUAGAACACCAAGAUGGUUUUUGGAUCUAUUCAGAAUACUGUAACAACCACUUGGAUGCCUGUAUGGAGCUGAGCAAACUGAUGAGGGAUGGCAGGUACCAGCACUUCUUUGAGGCCUGUCGCCUCCUCCAGCAAAUGAUUGACAUUGCCAUAGAUGGCUUCCUGCUCACCCCCGUCCAGAAAAUCUGCAAAUAUCCACUCCAGCUGGCUGAGCUUCUCAAAUACACUGCACAGGAGCACAGUGACUAUCGAUACGUGGCAGCAGCCCUUGCAGUAAUGCGGAACGUCACUCAGCAGAUCAAUGAAAGGAAGAGGAGGCUGGAGAACAUCGACAAGAUCGCCCAGUGGCAAGCCUCUGUUCUGGACUGGGAGGGAGAUGAUAUCUUGGACAGGAGCUCGGAGCUCAUCUACACUGGGGAGUUGUCAUGGAUCUAUCAGCCGUAUGGACGCAGCCAGCAGCGGGUCUUCUUCCUCUUUGAUCACCAGCUGGUCCUCUGUAAGAAGGAUCUGAUACGCCGGGACAUCCUGUACUAUAAGGGCCGCAUUGACAUGGAUCGCUAUGAGGUGCGGGACGCCAUAGACGGGCGUGAUGAUGACUUCAACGUCAGUGUGAAGAACGCCUUCAAAUUGUGCAACAAAGACAGCGAGGAGAUCCACAUCUUCCUGGCCAAGAAACCAGAGGAGAAGAUCCGCUGGCUCCGGGCCUUCCAUGAGGAGAGGAAGAUGGUGCAGGAAGAUGAGAAAAUCGGUUUUGAGAUCUCUGAGUACCAGAAGCGGCAGGCGGCCAUGACAGUGAGAAAGGUGACCAAACAGAAAGGUGUAAACAGGUGCACGCUCCCUUCAUACCCGCCCCCCCAGGACCCCCUCAGUGCGGGGCAGUAUGAGGUAACGGAGGACAUGGCACAAGGAGAGGUUUUUGAAUUCAGUCAAUCCAAAAGAGGCCAGGCUCCUUUCUGGCAGAAUUUUAGUAGAUUAGCUCCAUUUAAGAAAUAGAGAUACAAAGACUCUUCUGAAGGACCAGCUAUUUUUCUUAGAAGCACUAAACACUGGAUGAUCAUUUCCCAUGAUGAAGAAAAAUACGAAAAACACACAUACACAAGAGACUCCGAAGUUAAGGACCAAUGUUAAUAUAGAGUGUGUUUUAAAGCAGCAAGAGGACUGAAGACUGGGAUUUAAAAAAUGAGAAAAAAUAAAACUUUACAAUUCAUAUAUGUUAGUAACGUUCUCAAUUAUCACGCUUCUCCAGCUGAGUCAACUGUCAUGAACUCCUCCCCUCGGAUUCUGCAUAUUCACACCAUCUGAAUGUCCUGGAGUUAUUGAGAUUGUUAUAUGGUUUCAUUUUUAAUCUAUCAUCUGGAAAGAAACACAAGGCCAAGCCAGGUCAUUCCUAAUAGUCUGAUUGUGUCCAAAAGCUGAAAUCUUGCUGUGCUGCUAUGUGAGAUUGCUUGUUGCAUUCUUCUGAAUGUGGGAUUGAAUAAUGGCGGGCCUCAGCUACAGGCUGUGGCGUGUGAAGGACCUAUGAAGCUCCACUGUCAGCGUCACCUCUAAGUUAGAUCCAUCAUGCCGCUGAUCAAAGACUGGUCAGGCCAUCUCUGCUCUACUGAUGUCUGCCUCUGGAUCUCCUCCUCACUCUCAGCGCUCCAUUCUCCUCUCUCUAGCUGUCUGUGCACAGUAGCCCUCUCUUCAAGUCUGACGUUCACAGCGUUUCCCUCCCUCUCUGCAUCCCUCUUUUGUCAACUCCAUCUCUCUACCCAUCUGCUCAGCCUCUGUUAGUCAGUGGCUCUCAGAGGAAGUGCUUCAUUCUUUUGGAAACCUGCCAUUGGCUAUGAUAUGAUGGGUCAGGGGACAAAUCAAUAGUUGAAACAUCAGUAGAAUAUUUACAUCCUUUCACCAACCACUUUUGACAGGGUAUUCAUAUCCGAUCAUACCGAGGGGCUGUGGGUUGCAUUUGACAGAGAGCUUGCCGCUCAGAUAAAACAGCCGGGAGCAGGAGAAAGGCAGGCUAUGGUCCACCUGCCUUGUGUCCGAGCCCCUCCCCCACUCUCCCCAGAGACCACCCCUGUAGCACUGUGCUGGCAGCUCACUGGGUGUUUGGAAAGAGCACAGCCUACCUCCGGAAAUCCACUGAGAGCUAAAAGUGAAGUUGAUGCAUUGGCCAAGGUCUAAAAUAAUAUCUCUUUUUCAUGUCAGCUGUAAAAAAAAAAAAAACAGACCUCUUCAGUUGACUUAAUUAUUUUGUAUUGCUCACACUGUCAAAGCACAGCACGUAGUCGGUCUGAGGAGGGCUUUUCUCUCUCAUUUGAGUAAGAGCAAUGCCACAGUGUGAGAAAUUAGAGAGUACCCUAACCAGCAUGAGGGGAAAUGGUCAGAAAAAUGGCAGAAAUUGUAAAUGAAGAGGACAACCCUAUCACUUGGUUGUGAUUCAGAAUUAAGAAAAGUACCCUGCAGAAGUGUUAGCCAAUAUGGUGGGGAGGCGGAAAGGUGAAUUUAAUCUGUAGCAUGCAGGUGUCCUCUGACAGAUUCAUGCGUCUCCAAAGACUGCAGCUUCAAAUCUUGGCACUCCUCCCCGUCAUGUUGUUUUCCAGGUCUGAUCCAUGUUCUGGCAGUUAGCUCUGGCGCUGUUAAGUGAUUUACAAAGGACUUUGGCCUGAUCAGGUUGAUUUGCUUAAUCAACAAAGUCCUUGAAGCUGCUGUGAGAGAGAUCCUGCCAUAAAGUCCUUCAGCUGAGGUGUUAGAGAGGAGAAGAUCAACUGAGGAGAAACUACCAAUUUACACACUUCAUCGAGGUGUAUUCUUUUUCCACAGUUGGAAUGUAAGUGAAACAUCUGUCCAUGGUUUAUGAUCAUAUUUUGACCUCAGAUACAGAAGUACAUUUUGUGUUGAAUUAUAUCACCUGAUGGACAGUACAUAUACAGUAUGACAACUUGUGCAAUGUGAUAUAUCAUUAUAUAUCUUCACUAUUCACUACAACGUGAUAUGAAAGAGUUAUAUAUCGUUCUAUGUCAUUUGUUUGCCUUCUUACAGGACUUAUAACCUAUUGGAAAAAAGACCUUAGAAUUGCUUUGUAUGUUGUGUAAUUUAUGUUUUGUUUCAGUAAAGAAAGUUGAGAAAUGGGUGAGUUGGCUGCUGGUGUCUGUAGAGAUGGCUCCCAGUGAGAUUGUUUCGGAAGAUAAUUCCCUCAUCUGGCACAGCAAAGAGAUAUGGUUCCCAGGCCAUGAUAACCUCAGGUCCCGUGCUACGCCCACCCCCAUCCCCCACCUCCCAACUCCACGCCACCACCAGUAACAACAUUCAGACACAGGCAUGCAGGCAAACACACACACACACACACAGAAACACAAUCAUGCGCACUUGCUGGCCCGUUCUGCUGCGGAGAAGAGAGAUGCUAUCUAACAGUGCCUUCCAGCAUUCCACUAGUGAUUAUCUAUUCAGUUUCACAGGCUGAUUUGAAUUAGUCAUGUAUUUUCCCUUCAGUGUGGGACUUGCAUCUCUCUCUCUCUCUCUCUCUCUCUUUUCCUUUCUCCCUCUCUCUUUCUCUCUCAUACACACUGGGAAUUCCUCGUUCCCCGGUGCAUGACAUCCACUCAGACAGAAACCUAGAGGUCAGGCCUUUUCCAUAUGAGUAGAUACUGUGCUGUCUGAUUGAAACACUUAAAACACCUUAUUAUAUUAUAUCACACUUAUAUAGCGGUAAUUUUAUUGCACAAAAGAGUUCAUUCUUAUUUCAGACGUUUAGAAACUACAUAGAAUUCCUUUAUCUAUUUCACAUGCCAAAAGAUGGUUUCAUUUGAAUAUAUAGUAGGAAACAGAUUUUCAUUAGUCAAGUUAGGUUUCACAUUUCAAAGUAUAUUAUUAACAGUGAGUUAUGAAUCAAAAGAAGAAUCAUCUAUUUUACCUUUAUCAGCUACACACUGUAAAUACUGUAAAAAGAACAGAUCAUAUAUUUGGAUAUUGGUAUUUUGCGUUGGAGACGAAUGUCGUUCCAGUUCUAGCGUGCGGUAGACCUCAGUACCAGGUAAAUGCAUGCUUGUGGCAUCCAAUAUUUUGCAUGAGACUUAAGACAACUCUUAACAGAUUGUUUAGUUUCAUUUAACUUCCAAUGGGAUUUUUUUUUUUUUCCACAACACGGAACCAUUCAUUUGUGAACCUACACCAUCUCACUAAAGGGAGUUCUUUUCUCUGUCCACCUGUCUCCUGCUCACUUCACAUUACAGGUUGUAGCUUCUGUUUUUAUUUAUUGUCAGGUAGGGGGGAAACCUCUUUUCCUCAUGCUGACUCAAAGACUAAAAUGUUGAUAGGUGAAAUGAAAGGCACUGAUGCUCUCUUUGCCCAGAUAUAAUGGUUACUAUAAACUGUCAUAUUAUUUUAAACCUUUAUUAUAUUAUUUUCUUUUCUUUGACUCCAACCUACACUAUCAUGGUCUAAACUGCUGGGGUUUUUUUGGAAUGCCAUUAACUGCUGAGGCAAAACGGGUAUAAUUUUUCUAUGAUAACAGUGAACCAAAUAGGAGUUAGCACCGAUCAUGGGUGUUUGUGUAUAGAUUUGUAGUCGAGCAGAAGAGCUGAAUAAAUGCGAAACAUCUUGGGAUGAGCUAAAAAUAAACAUAAUCCUGAAGACACACACACACACACACACAGUACUGUGUUGCAAUUCAUAUGCUCUUGUUUCAGAUGGCAAAUGAUUAUUUGAAGUACAAUGACUUGACAGUUAAUUCCGCACCUGUAUUUAUUGAAUGCAGUAUUAAAUAGUACCAUUUUGGCCACAUUGUUAAAAGGAUGUAUAUAUUGGUUUUAUUUUUUCUUAUAUAAUUAUCAGUCUGACCUUGUACUGCGAGAUGAGAGGACAGCCUUCUGUGCAGUUGAUUUUUUUUUUUUUUAAAUCUCUCUUUCCGGACAUGAAACCAAGACAGCCAAGUUAGUAGACUGUCCAGAGUUCGCUCAGAUUUCUGUGAUUUCUUUUAGUCCAGGGUGUACAUGAGCCAGUAACCACAUUCUCUCACAUUUAGCAUAGCAACAUCUUCAGUAGGAACUCCUCGGAGUUGGUUAUGCAGUCCUGAGUUUCAGAAUAGUCAGUCUUCAAUCAGCCAUAUAUCGAUGUGGUGUUCAAUGACAACAAGGUAAAAAGAAGACUGACAUCCCACUUUUGAAAUCUCUCCAUUGUAUAUUACCAUCAAGUUUGAGGUUUGGAUUUUUGCCUAUCACAGAAGAAUUUACUCACAGUAUCCAUAUCCUUUGUCACCAUAUGCAAACAUUUGUCAUUUUCUUUCUUGCUGGCCUUUGAGUUUGAUUAUUUGUUGUAAAAAGGAAAAACCUUAAAAAUAAUGCCUAUUCAAUCCAGAAACUGUGAAUGGGAGAGUGGAGAUGUCAACUGUAUGUACAUUGUAUGUUUUGAUGUAAUC